AUGAAGGAAUUAGAAGUUAUAACUGAAGUUACUGAACCAACUGAGUGGGUAAGUUCAAUAGUGAUAGUUACUAAGCAAAAUGGCAAUAUCCGUUUAUGCUUAGAUCCUCGUAAUUUAAAUAAAGCUAUUGUGAGGCCAAGAUUUUCAUUUCCUAAUUUAGAUGAGUGUAGAUCGCAGAUGGCUGGUUCAAAAGUUUUCAGUUCUCUGGACGCAAGUUCAGGAUUCUGGAUGGUGCCCUUGGAUGAAAAUUCUUCAAAGUUGUGUACUUUCAACACUCCUUUUGGUCGAUUUAGAUUUUCACGUCUACCAUUUGGUAUCAACGCAGCACCAGAAAUAUUCCAUGGAGAAAUGGUUCGUCUUUUUGGUGAUAUGAAAGGAGUUAUAAUUUAUUUAGAUGAUUUCCUUAUUUAUGCGAAAUCAAUAAAAGAGCAUAAUGAUAUUUUGUAUAAGGUCUUGAAGAGAGCAACAGAAGUAGGUCUUCGUUUCAACAAAAGUAAAUCAAAACUUUUUCAAACUAAUAUAAAAUUCAUUGGACAUAUUUUCAAUGAAGAUGGUAUUAAACCAGACACUGAUAAAAUAAGAGCAAUUACGGAAUUUCCUACACCCGCUAAUAGCGAAGAUGUCCAACGUUUUCUAGAUGUUAUUUGGGACUGGGGUAAAGCUCAAGAGGAAACAUUUAAUAAUUUAAAAAAAGAAAUCACAAAAGCUCCAGUUUUAACAUAUUUUGAUGUUACUAAACAGUUGACUCUGUUAGCAGACGCAUCAAAGGUAGCUAUGGGGGCUGUAAUUAUGCAUGAAAGAAAUCCAAUUGCUUAUGCAUCUACGUCUUUAACGGAGUGCCAGAUAAAUUAUGCGCAAAUAGAAAAGGAAUUAUUUGCUAUUCUUUUUGGUUGCACUCGAUUUCAUCAAUAUGUAUUACUGGCAUAUGAUUUAACAGUAAUUUAUAAACCAGGAAAACAUUUAUAUGUCGCUGAUGCAUUAUCUCGCGCACCUUUAAAGUCUGAAUCAUUUACAGAUAUUGAUAAAGAUAUAGACUUUCAUUGUCAUUCAAUAGCUUCUCAAAUUGCUUUACCGAGAGAUGAUAUUGAAGUUUUAAAACAGUUCAUAAAAAACGAUGAGACAUGUCAAAAACUUUUAAAAUGCUUAAAGGAAGGCUGGCCCGCAUCAAAGAAAUUGUGUGACUUAGAUAUUAGCCCGAACUCUAAUCCCAAAGAAGACUUGCUAAGUCACGAAGUAAUUUCAAUUCCUUGGUUCAAAGUAGGUAUAGACCUUUUCGAAUUUAACAAAAGAACUUACUUACUAGUAGUAGAUUAUUUUUCCACAUAUAUUGAGAUUGAAUGGUUAAACUCGGGUUCUUCAAAUUUAGCAGUUGUAACAAAAUUGAAAAGCACAUUUUCACGUCAUAGAAUACCAAUGUAUUUAAUAUCAGACAAUGGCCCGCCAUUUAAUUCUCUCGAUUUCAAAAAUUUUUGUGUUGACUGGGGUAUGGAUCAUAUCACGUCGAGUCCAUAUUUACCAAGGUCAAAUGGUCUUGCUGAAAGAUCAGUACAAACUAUUAAAAAGUUACUUAAUAAAUGUCUAGAAACGGGAGCAGAUUACUAUACAGCUUUGCUUCAGUAUCGUGCGUACCCUAAAAGUAAUUUUGCUAAUCCAGCUGAACUUUUAAUGGCUAGAAAACUCAGAACGAAAUUACCAUCAUUGUCUAGUAAUUUAAAGUCUAAAUUGCCCAACAAAAUUGCUUUUGCUGAAGCCCAACAACAGCAAAACCAAUAUCAACAUCAUCAACAACAGCAACAGCAACAACAGCAGCAGCAGCAACAACAAUUGCCACAACAUCAACAAGGUCCACUACCACCACCACCUCCAGCAGCAGCAACAGCUCCCUUAUCUACAUUACCAACUGCGAAUGCAACUUUAAAUAUUGUGUCAGUUGCUAACAUAUUACCACCAAACAAUACACUUCCAAUCCAACAACAACACCACACUUUACAGCAACCACAAUUUCAUCAGCAACAAAAGCAUGCAACAACAUUGCAACAACAUCAUUUACAACAUCAAAAUAAGCACCAUAAGCAACAACAGCAACAGCAACAGCAACAUUUAACAACACAAUUAAAAUCGCAAAAUCAACGAAAUCAACAUCGUCUACCACAUCCGCCCUUACCGAAUACUAUUAAGCAAGCAUCGGUAAAAAUUAUCGAAGGCUAUUCGGAUCCGAAAGAUACGAAACGUCAUAAAAAAGUCCAUCAUAAAAAAGGUAAAAGACGCGCUUCACAUAAAAAUCAGCUUUUACAGCUACAACAGCUGCAGCAACAACAGCAGCAACAGCAACAGCAACAACAACAACAGCAGGAACCGCCAACACCAACACCACAGCAACAAUUGCAAUUGCCAGUAAAACCCAAGGGUUUCCAAAAAGAUAAGCGGAGCAAUUAUAGUUCAGAUUCAUCUGCACCAAAAUCAUCAGAUGAUGAAGACGAUAACCAUUCCAUAAAAGUUCCUGAACUUAAUUCACCUGAUAGUAUAUCGGAUGAUCUAGUACGCCCAUUGCCACCACAAUCGCACCGCAGUCCACGCAAACUAGCUGUUGCACCUACUGAAACUAGUAAACGUAAUCCGUCGCCAUAUUAUUAUUCCGAUUUAUUGAAGUCGAAAGAAACUGCGUCUAGUGUCACUGACAAAGAAACUAAAAACAAAAGUCGGCAAUCUACUGUUUCUGAACCACCGCAAUUAACACAACCGCCUGUUAAUAUUGGUGUUUAUCGUAAGAGUACCAGUCUCGACGUACCCGAACGCGAAGAACGUGCCGAAGAAGACGACGAAUUCGAAGAAACCGAACCAACAAACAGUACCAUAUUAGCUGCUAACGACACUCCUAAACGUUAUUCCUUCACUGAAGACGGUGUUCAUAUUAUACGCUGCGAGUCUCCCUCAACAUCUACAUCAGAAGAAUCGGACUGCAGUGAGUGUCAGAAGCGUCGUGAGUGGCAUGCUAAAGCCUUAGCAUUAGUACGUAAAACUUGUAACGUACAACCAUUAAAUACCGCCGUUAACACUAGUGGUGCUCCCAUUGAUUGUAAUCACGAUAACGAAAACUCUAAUUGCGUGCCAUUUGAGGAAGAUUUAUUGUCCAUGCCGCCACAUAGACUGCUAGGACCUGCAGUAUGUGCAUGCGUUGCACCCACUAUUGGCGAUGAUAUAGAUGAUUAUUUUCGACCACGUAGUAUUUUUUAUGUACAUCCACAAGGCGUGCAUGAAUGUGAAGACUGCUCACCGGACAAUAAACAAUUGAGUACAGCAAACUCUCGCAGUGUUCUCGAUAAUCAAUCCGAUAACUGUUUAAACGAAGACGACGACGAGAUGUCAGGUCGCACUCGUCAAAUUUAUGAAACUGCUUUUGAUUGCAAAAUAGCUAAGUCAGAUGAUGAUUUAGACGAAGUCGAUCGUAUAACUAAUCACUCAGUACUCAUACAAUUAAAUAAUGGCAAUAAUUUACCCACAAAAGAAGUGCGCACAACAAAAUCAUCGCACAGUAAAAGUCGUCUAGAAGGUAAACGUUUAAAAAACUCAAAAAACCAAGCUCUACAAGAACAAGCUACUAACUCCGGCAACGGUAGCAGCAGUGGUUCACCACUAACCGUAACUUGUGUAACUACUAACAAUUCUUGUACAGCUGAUAAGAACAAUAUCGCCGGACUUUCUAAUGAUUUGGCCAAUGCUCAUAUACAUGAGCAAAAUGUGGAUCAACAAAACAAUACAACCACUACAUGCACAUCCUCAUCACAACUGCCAAUGCGUGGUUAUACACCAUCGCCACCAUCUACAGCACCGCUGCCUAUAAAAUUUCCGGGAAAGCAUGAUCGAUUUUUUAUGAAUAGCAUUAAGAGUGCACCAAAUCUACCAUCUUCCAAUCCAGCCCAUCCUAGAUUACGCGAUUUACGUCUUCCAAUACAAACAACACUACGUCAACAACAUGCUCUGGGCUCUUCAAUCGGCACCAGUAAUGAGAACAGCCUUACAGAUAGCGCUUAUGUGAAUCCACCAUCAAGCACAUCACAUCAUUUACAUCUUCAAUCGACAAGCAACUCCAGAACUCGUGACAGGCCACGUUCAUUUGUGCUCGAGUCUGGACGAGUGCUGGAGUUACGUAAAAGCCACGCUUCCCACCACCACCAUGUAGGAAAUGGCGGUCGAAGGCAGCAUAAUUACUCCUCGACCGAAAGCAUUGCCACAUCGAGUAGUGGUGGCAGCAUGGAAUCGUUGCGUUCGAGCACCAGCGAAGGCAAUCGCAGUACUUCCAGCUCAGAGUCAAGGCACUCAACAUCGUUGAGUUCACAUAGCUCUGAAUCUGGCAGCUCGAGCGUCGCAUUCCCAUUACGAGCGCCAGUUGUCAUUCAUUCCAAAUUGCAUAUCCUAAGUCCGAUUUCAGACAAAUCAUCACAAGAGCCGGCAUCAGAACUAUCAGAACAGAAUAAAACACAAAACACAACGCCUGAAGAUGCAGUCCAGCAGCAACAACAACAGCAACUACAACAACAACAACAAACACAUGUAUUAGCAGCAAAUGUGGAUAUGGCACGCACUAUACCACAAUUACAAAUUGAUGCACUCAAGAAGAGAAGAGCACCAGCAAAUAAAACAUUAUUGCACUUAACUGAUGAAAUGCUUGGUUCGGAUAGUGGCAUAUCUUUGCACUCACGUGAGGAUGGAAAAUCUGCCAUUGGUUUUCAAAAGUUUACGUUGCCAAAAUUAAAUUUUCCACCUUCCGAUAAAACCAACGAUAGUGGCAUGAGCGCAGUCGGGGGAAUGAGCAAUAGUGUUGGGCUACCACAAGAUUUACGUGAUCUUCCAUUCGAUAUGCCAAAGUUAAGACGCAGAAAAACAUUACAGCAGGAUGCUUGCACUUCUGGUAGUGCAACUUCUGUGGAUUUAGGUGAUCUACCCUUUGACAUGCCGAAGUUACGACGCCGACUACGUGCCAAUCAAACGGAAAUAAAUAAUCUCAUGGUACACAGCACUGAGUCGAGUGGCAUAUCUCAAGCAUCGUCCAGCCAUUCAAUGCGUGAUGACAACAAAGCCGCCAUGAAGUUAGAUAACGUCAUCUUUCGUCAGAAUCUCACAUUAAAUUUAAAUGAACCACGUCAGGUGAAUAAAUUUGGCAGCUUGGACUUACGUGGCCUUUCCUCCACAAAGGAACUCAACCUAAACUUAUCACAGUCAACAGCUGUAGAUCUAAUAGAUGUAUCAAUACCGCUCGAACGUCAAGGUUGGUAUCAUGGAGCGAUAACUCGCAUCGAAGCUGAAACUACUUUGCGGCCUCUAAAUGAAGGUAGCUUUCUGGUGCGUAAUUGCGAAUCAACCAAACAAGAUUAUUCGCUCUCACUAAAAGGUGCUAAAGGCUUUAUGCAUAUGCGAAUUCAACGCAACGAAAAUGGACAGUAUAUACUUGGUCAAUUUAGUCGCCCCUUCGAGACAGUCCCCGAUAUGAUAAGACACUUCUGCUUAAAUCGCUUGCCAGUACGCGGUGCCGAACACAUGUGCUUAAUAGAACCAGUCAUAGCGCAAUUGCUUUAAAACAAUAUAAAACAAUAAGACAAAAACUUAAUUCUUACAACAGCAAAGCAAGACUAUAUUAAUAUUAGUAAAAAAAGUAAGAAGCAAAAAAAAAACAGUAGUGAACUUCCAGACAAUAUCACAACAUAUAACACAAAUCUCUACUUAACCAUUUAUGAACAUAAUAAACUCAUUAUUGUAAUCCUUAGCUAUUAUAAGCGAAAUGCACUCUUAUGAUGGAAUAUCCUUAAAGUGCGCUCCUGCAGUUGUGCUGCAAUUUAGUAUUUAAUUAAUUUACAACAAAAAAAGAAAAAAAAACAAAUGUUUAUGCAAUUCUAAUUUCUUUUUAAUUAUACGCAAAGCAAAACUUAAAAUACUAAUUUAGUAAACUAAUCUGACGAUAUAUUAUCAUCCAACUCUACUGCUAUGUUUACUAUAAUAAUACUGAGGUAUAUGUUACGUACUCGUAUCAAAUACUCGUACAUCAUCGCAUAUAUUUAAAUUUCAUAUA